AACAAUACAGCGCUUCCGGUCGUGCGGAGCUCAGCAUGGUUACGCAUGUGGCUAUUCUUAUAACUCACUUAUAAUGCCUGCUUUAAUUUCAUACUUUUUUUGAAUAACCGUUAUUUGGUAAGUUGCGAUCUAUUACCUCUCGUGACGUAGUCUGUUUAACAACUAACGUCACGCGCAGUUAUUUUAAAGUAGUUUUGUGUUCGCAGAUUAAAAUUAUUUGCGAUAAAUAAUGGAAAUUGAGGGCAGAGAAUUCCUCAAUACACCCCCGAAGAAAACUGUGCGUUUUGGAGGCACAGUUGCCAGUACGUUAGCGAAGGUGCAGGAGGGCGACACAAGGGAUUAUGAACUGAUAAAACAUCAACUCUCAGAUCCUGACAUUAAGGACGCUCAGAUUAUCAACUGGCUGCAGGAAUUAAGGACCUGUGUCACUCAACUUGGCAAAGAUCACGAGCAGUUAAUAUAUGUUGUUUUGAAGCUGCCAUGGCUCAGUCGCGGUCAGGCGGUGGUGGACGAAUAUCUGGCCUUUCUGAGUAACCUGGUGUCGGCGCAGACAGUUUAUCUCAGAGUCUGUCUCAGGAUGGUCAUUGCUAAUUUUGCACCACAGAGAAUACGAAUCCAAGAAGGGAAUGUGGAUAUUUCAGAUUCUGAUGACGAAGAUGAAAAUCUGCCGAGGACAUUUGAUCAUUGUCAUCAAGCCUUACAGCUGAUUGCAAGAUAUGUUCCAUCAACCAGUCGAUUCCUGAUGCCGAUCCUUUCCGACAAGUUCCCUUUUGUGCAGAAGUCCUCCAGAACACUUGAGUGUUAUGUGCACAACCUGCUGAGAGUUUCAGUCUACAUCCCUGACCUGAGGAGAGACAUCCUAGAGCUCAUCAUCAGCAAAAAGCUCAUGCUAGAUGUUAGUGCACCACGGAGUGAGAUUGAAGAAGUAGAAAGUGAUGCUCAUGCUAACGGGGCAUCACACGAUGACUGCCUCUUUGACAUGGAUGAGGAAGAGGACUCUCGACUGGAUUCAACAAGGCCUGAUGGAGCUGUGAUGGUUCAUCCCAUGGCACAGAGACUGGACACAAUGAUGACCGUCCUGCUGUCUUACAUUAAGGACAUUUGCUAUGUCAAUGGCUCAUUAGAUAUAGAGAAAACCAAAGCUCUCUACAGAGACCUGGUGUCCGUGUUCGAUAAGGUGGUGCUUCCUACUCACGCUUCCUGUCAUGUACAGUACUACAUGUUCUACCUGUGCAGCUUCCACCUGGGCUUGGCUGAAGCUUUUUUAGAUCACUUAUGGAAGAUGUUACAAGCCCCCAACCAGCCCCCAGUCCUGAGACAGGCCGCUGCUGGAUACAUGGGAAGCUUCAUGGCAAGAGCCAAGUUUUUGCCAGUAUCGACAGUCAAGGCCUGUCUGGACCUGUUGGUUCCCUGGUUGCACCUUUACAUUGAUAGUCAAGACUCAGGAUCCAAAGCGUUCUGUGACAUCAAUCUGCACGGCCCAUUUUAUACAGCCUGCCAGGCUGUGUUUUACACACUCAUCUUCAGACACAAUGCCAUUCUGGAGGGCAAUAUGAAGAAAGGGUUGGCGUACUUGCAGGGUUUGAACCUGGAGCGUAUAGUGAUGUGCCGGCUCAACCCGCUGAGGGUCUGUAUGCCUGCUGUCACCAACAUGUUUGCAGCCAUCACCAGGAAGUACCAGCUCGUCUUCUGUUACACCAUUAUUGAGAGAAACAACCGGAACCUGCUGCCAGUGGUGAGCCAUUCAACGGGCGGCAACUCGGUGUCCAUUAACACAAACCCUCUGGAUUGCUUCUUCCCUUUUGAUCCAUAUCUCCUGAAAAGCUCUGGAAAACUCAUUGAGCCAAUCUACCAGGUGUGGGAGGAGCCAUCCGAUUGUAUGAUAGACGUUCCCAAGAAGGACGUGAGAAAGGGGUCUAUGGAGGAGGAAGAUGACUUCCUGCAUGGAGAAACGCCUCAUGGAGACUCACUAGUAGGCAUGACUCCUGGCUCUUAUGACUCUCUGCACAGUCCGCGGAGUGUUGGCUCUCCCCCCAUCUCCUUCCUGCAGCGGCCUUUCUGAUCCACCGCUGUAGCUCUCAGCUGUUCACAGAACACACCAGGAGGGGGCGCUCAAGGACUGCUUGUGCUUGUGUUAGCACAGAUCUUACUGGGGCCCUUCACAUACCAGCAUUACUGACCCCAGUGUGCGGCAGUACUUUUACUAAACCCUCACUCAAGACCGUGUCAUAAAAUGUAAAAGUUUAUUGCACACUUGUGCUAUAUUAAUAGAAACAUCAGCGGUUUUAAGUACAAACUAUCACUUUAAUCACUUUGAAUAAAUUAGUUUUUUUUCUGUGAUAUUUUCAGUUUGUUCUGAAAAAAAUUGAGAUUUGAAUUGCUGGCGGUGUGUUUAAAGGUAAAUGGGUGUCAAUUCCCAUGUUAUGAGUUUGAGCUCGAGCUAAACCUUGUCUGUUUGCACAAAAUAUUCUGUAAAAAUUGACAUACAGAGAACACUUUAUUGUAAAAAUGUUUUUCUGUGUUAUUUGUUAAAAUUAUAACUUGUCGCCCUAGGCAUAUUCUGUACAAAUAUCAAAUCUCCGCACUGAGCUGUACUUUGCGCUACAGUUUUGAAUUCAACUUUUGAAAUUAACGUCAAGUAAUAAAUUGGUCUGGCUGUUUUAUUACAAUGUGGAAAA